UUGGCUCGACACGAGAGAUCGAUUCGAAAAUUGCUCCGAUUUAGAUCGAUUAGUUUCCGGUAAAAGAGGGCAAAGGAUUAUCACCCAAACCUUUCGGAACUUUUAUUCUGUAUGCCGUGUGCUUUAGACAAGAAUUCUUUGUUACGCUGUGGACAGAGGGAUCCUGAUGCGGCUAUGCCCUUGGCAGGGCAUGGAAAGGGAGGAUUCUUUAGGAAUUCGGAAUAUUCGGGCUUGUUUGAUGAGCAAGACCCAGAGAAACUCUUCAUUGAUCUGAGAGAAAUUGGACAUGGCAGCUUUGGAGCGGUUUACUAUGCCAAAAAUGUUAAAACUAAUGAGGUGGUGGCAAUCAAGAAGAUGUCCUAUGGUGGCAAACAGUCCAAUGAGAAAUGGCAAGACAUUGUGAAAGAAGUUAAAUUUCUAAAGCUCUGUAGCCACAAGAACACCAUUAGCUAUAAGGGAUGUCAUUUAAAGGAGCAUACAGCAUGGCUUGUUAUGGAGUAUUGUGUUGGUUCAACUUCAGAUAUUUUAGAGGUUCACAAGAAACCACUUAGAGAAGUAGAGAUUGCUGCAAUAUGCCAAGAUGCUUUGCAGGGUCUAAGAUAUCUGCACAGAAAUGGAAGAAUUCACAGGGAUGUGAAAGCUGGAAAUGUUCUUUUGACUGAAGAUGGAACAGUCAAGUUAGCUGAUUUUGGUUCAGCAGCUCUAGCAGCUCCAGCAAAUUCUUUUGUGGGCACACCAUAUUGGAUGGCUCCUGAAGUUAUCUUAGCCAUGGAUGAAGGACAGUAUGAUGGAAAGGUGGAUGUGUGGUCAUUAGGAAUCACAUGUGUUGAACUAGCUGAGAGAAAGCCACCUCUUUUCAACAUGAAUGCCAUGAGUGCUCUCUAUCACAUUGCUCAGAAUGAUCCACCAAUGCUUUCUACUCCAGAUAACUGGAGUGCAAGCUUUGUUGAGUUUGUUCAGCUAUGCUUGAAGAAGCAACCAGCUGAAAGACCCACAGCAGAAGAUCUUCUACAACAUCCAUUUGUAUCCCAACCAAGACCCACAGGCAUCCUCCUUGAGCUGAUUGAGCGAACAAAACAGGCUGUAAGGGCCCUUGACAACAUGAAUUACCGCAAAAUGAAGAAGAUGAUUAUGGGGGAUCCUACGGGAGAGUUAAGUGAAGAAGGUGACAGUUCUAUUGCAGAGACAGAAGAUGAUGAUGACAAGUCAGAAGCAAGCGCCGAGAUGGAUAAGAACAAGAAAGCGAGUGUGAGCAGCACAGCUAGUGUUGCUAGCAGCACGGACAGUAUACAAGGAGCCGAGCAAGAUAAUGAUACAGCUGCCGCUGGAAUUUCAUCGUUUGCUGCUUCGUCUAUCAGUUUGCAACAACAUCGUGAAGACGAUGACAGGUUUGCUACCAUUCGCCCGCAAAACCUGAUCGCCCGACAGCACCAGGAGCAUAACAGGCAGGGCGAUGAAAUGAGGGAUCAGCUGGAAGUGUACAAGAAGCUCAGGCAGACUCAUCAGAGGGAAGUACUUGUACUGGAGAGCAGGCUACAGAUGGAAAUGAAUGAUCACCGCAGGAAUCUUGAUAAGGAAUAUGAUCAGCAGGUACACCAGUUUGAAAGAGACUUGGAAAAACUACGGACCAGACACAAGACUGAAAUGGAACAAAAGCUGAAACAGAUGUCAGCAGACGAGAGGAGGUUACUGAAACACAUCAAAGAUAAACACGACAACGACAUGAAAAUAUUUCUUUCCGAUCAGAAGGCGGCGUACAAAGCGGCUAAGAACCAGUUUAAAAAGGAUCAGAGCAACCGUAUGUCAUAUCAAGGCCAGAAAAACUCAUUACAUGACCGGCAAGAGAGAGCGCUGCGAGAAAAAGUGCACGAACAUGAAAUUGUGCGCAAUGCUGAACUAAGAAAGUUCCGCCGCGAACAACUCCUGCAGCGACAGAACUUGGAAAAAGUGUUACUUACCGAGGAGAUGAACAAGCUGAAUGAGCAGAAGGAAUUGUCGCACAUGAUGUUGAUAAGACAUCAUGAAUGUACUCAGGACAUGGAGUUCAGACACUUGAGCUCAGUACACAGACUGAGACGAGAUCAGCAGCAGAACCAGCACCAAACAGAGUGGAACAGUCAAGUGGAAUACAACAAACGGGUCGAGAUGGAACUUAGAAAGAGACAUUUGUUUGAACUCAAAAUGCAGCCAAAAACUCUCAAGGCGCGCGAAAUGCACAUCAAGAAGCAAUACAGAAACGCGAUAAAGACACAGACGCUACAGUAUAAAGCUUUGCAGAAACAAAUAUUGGAGAAAGCGCCAAGGGAAAAGCACAAGGAACUCACCAAGCAACUGCGCGAGGAGAAGAUGAGAAAGAUGGCAGAUCUCUCCCUUCAGUACGAUCAGAGCAUUUCUGAGAUGUUGCAGAGACAAACGUUGAAGCUGGACGAAGACCAAGUGCGCGAACAGGAAAAUCUACGGGUCAAGCUGCAACAGGAGCAGGAGUUACUGAGCGCCUACCAGAGUAAACAGACCAUGCAACUAAGGGCCCAGCACGAGCGCGAAGAGAAGGACCUACAGGAAAAGGUCUCGGUUAGAAGGGCCCUUCUGGAAGAAAAGAUGUUUCAAGAGACAACUCGCCUGCAGGACUUUAGAACGCAAAAGCAGGAGGAGCUAGAACUCAAGCACGUCAAGGAGCUGGAAGAUUUUGACACUAACUCUAGUAUGGGUAGUAGUGGGUCGAACACGCUCUCGUUAAAACACAGGAGUACCAGCAGUAUUAGUACUGUGAGUAACUCCAGCACGUCAAGCACAAGAAGCACAGAGAACAACGGCACCGUGGUGCAACAGCAGACCAAUGACGAGAGGCUACAGGUCAGCGCUGGCCCCUUGCGGGUGUAACCAGCUGCAGUGUAGGACGAUAUGUCCUUUUCAUUACAUGAAAUAUACUGCGUAAUUAAUACUCACUAGAGACCGGCUUCACGGUGGCGGAAAUGAAAGGGAAAUGUUAUUAUAUUCAAAGUCUUAAUGGAAUAUAUUGAGCGUGGUUCCUCAGGGUCUCGUCCGUGAGACAAUCACGCAUAGUUCAUGUCUUUGCGCGGUAUCCGCGCGUGUAUGCGGCAGGGAUGAAACUUAGCCUCUUUGCAAAUGCUUCUGUGUUUUGUAACAAGUCAAGGAGAGCGCAUAAUGUUAUUAUUGUGACUUUAAGACACGUUAUCUUCAAGUGGAGUUAAAUUCGGCGAGGAGUUCUGUAUUGAGAACAGCGCGGUCUAUAAAAAUUCAUUUUCGUGAGUGUUUCUUAUGGACGGUGCAACGGGCAGAUUGUUCUAUUACCUCUGCUGUUCUUGUGUCUUUGUGGUUCGACUGUGCAUUCCUACCGUUUCGUUUCUCAAAUAUGAAGUCAACGUGGGUCGCUAUAAUGAAGCAUGGCAGAUGGAGAAGGGACUUUGGACCUGUCAAGAAGUCACCGUAUUUCGGAGCUUAUUCCAUGAAGUUUUCACGAUUACAAGAGAUAUUUCCUGCAAGUCACCAGUAAGAGUGAUGAUUGCGUUUUUAAGAAAGAGCUCUCACGACUUGCGCCAGAUAUAUGUUGUCUAUUUUUGUAUAAUAUCCAAAGGGUUUGUUCGAUAUUUGCUUAUAUCAGUUUUUCUCUCUUCUUUUAUUGUUAGCUUUGAUUGUUCAUUGUUUGACUUAAUUUUCGAUGCAUCAUUUGAGAAGUGUUCGUUGCCUUUUGGAGACCCUGUCAUCUUAAAAUCUCAUGCCUUGGGUUGACACUUGACGCGGAGUGUUUAAGGUGUACGAAUCCCCCUUAUGAUGAGGCAUAAAAAAGACCUUUUUCUCAGAAAUUAGGGAUCUAAGAUAAAUGUUCGGAAAAGAAAAAACCCUGUAUCAACUGGUGUCUGUUCGUCAUGAUUUGACUGAAAUGUGGAGUAUUUGAGGAAUUGAUCACUAAAGGAAAAUGUAUUAUUAUAUUUCAAAAUUAUGAAGUUUUGUCUAUUCACAAUUACUAUGAAGUCCGGAAAAUUUUUUGUCGUCCACAUCAGGGCUUUUGCAGGGUAAAUAUUUCCUGUGAAUUUAAAAGCAGUCAAGGCUGACAAAUCAAAAAAGAAGUUCAGUCAGUGAACAGUGUAUGGAUAAACUUAACUUUUUCUCACCCAACCGGGUCUGAUAGUUCAAAAUACGACGAACGUUAAUCCAGUAUUGGAUGUCAACAACUUUGUCAGUUUUACAUUUCCCAUCGCCUAUUUCAUCUUGCAGUUUUAGAUAAGGAAAUCGCUGUCGUUCAAAAUCAACAGCAUAACCUAGCAAAUGAUCUGCAAAUAGUUGUGGUAAACAGAAGAAUUUAGCGCACUUAAUAUUUUUGAAACGCAUUCUUGAUCAUUGGAACCUAGAAGUAUUGCGAUUACUUCGUAGACUUGAGAGUUUUCAAUAGGUUCUUUGAGCAGCGCCAUUCUUAUUAGAUUAACAUUCUCAAUGAAUAGUGCUCACCAUAAAUGUAUGGUGAAACUGUGAAGGUAACUUCUGAGUCGAUUCAUGCGAGUGAGACAAGAAAACGGAGAGUCUCGCUUAAAUAUACAAAUCGCUCAUUUAAAAUUCUUGGAUCAGCACCAUAGUAUUUUGAACUACCAGCCCCGGUUUCUCAUUUUUUUUGAGAACAAGUUAUUUUAUCAUUUUCCCCUUAAACAAAAAGUUUUAAAAAAAAGCAAGAUUACAAUUGAGUUGUCAUACUUUUUUGGCCUUGAAUAAUCUCUGUUUCUUAUUAGUGGAAGUUAGUUUUAAUGAAGAAAGGAUAGUUAUUAACAAUUUACUGCCUUGAAAGUCGUGCGUAUUUAAGUUAAUGAUAAGCGGUAUCAUUUUGCUGUAGCUUGUCCACGUUGUUAUCCUCAAAGACAGUUCAUUGAUUUGUAAAUACCUAGUCACGGGGACUUCGAAGUUUUCUUUUUUUCCCUUUGGAUGCAGGUACGAAGUUGCUGUCUCUUUUCUUGUUAAAUUCCUUAACAGAAGUCAACAGUGUCAAGAUGCUGUCAUCUGCAUGUAAAUAUUUUAAGCCAAUGAAUUUGAAUUAUUAACUGAAAGUAGGCAAUAAAGAUUUUAUUUCAUC